AUGGAAAACACGAUGCCAAAAGUAGACCCCUUACCAUUACCAAAUGGAGACAAUCAUCAAUAUAGUUUGAAUUUCUUUCUAUCUCAAGAAAAUGUUGUCGUCUCGACUGACUCCAUUGGAAUAAAGAAGGAGAAGAACAAGAUCUUUCGCUGUACAUUUCCUGGCUGUGGUCGUGAAUUUCAAUUGAAAGGGAAUUUAAAACGACAUGUGAAUAUUCAUAAAGGUGAGAAGAAAUUUGCGUGUAAAUUUUGCAAUAAAUGUUUUCUUCGUAAAGCAGAUAUGGAAGUCCAUUAUCGUGUUCAUACGGGUGAAAAACCCUAUCGUUGUAAAUAUAAUGAAUGUGGGAAGUGCUUUGCCCGUCGCUCUGAUUUAUUAAGUCAUGAACGUACACACACAGGCAGAAGGCCUUAUGCAUGCACAUUUUCUGCUUGUGACCGCAGGUUUGCACGCAAGUUUGAUCUUCACAAGCAUCAGCGUCUACAUGAAGACCAAGCUGACACUUUUGGAAAGAGUAAAACCAAGAAGCGCAAGUUGUCAUCGUGUCAAACACUUGCUUCGACACGUAACGAGAGCUGCGACUGUCCAAGUGACGUUGCAACGCCUUUCAUUGGUGGAGCAACGUCAUCCAAUGCAGCUUUGACCGCUGAUGUCUUGCUGCCUGGAUCAGCAGCUACGAAAACCCCAGUUGCCAGAACGAUGGCAGCGGGUCGUCGCAAGAUGUCAGCUACUGCUGCGUGCUUAGACACUCCAACAAGACCGUCACGAUAUGAACUCAAGUGUCCGGAGAACCACAUCGACUCGCCACCUGCAUGCCUUGCUGCGCUUUCCUCGUUGGACGCUUUCUUGUUGUCACAGGAAAGCUUGGAUAUUUCUCGUCCAUUUUCACUUGACGCGUUCCCACCGCACUGUCCUUCGACAACGAUCGGAACAAGUUGCUGUCCAGCACAUCUCGAGCUGAGACCUCCGCCACCUGAAGGCAGUUUGGUGUCUACUGAAUCAAAGAUGCCUCAUGGACCCGAUAUGAUGGACCAGCUCUUUACGACAUUCCCGUCCGCUUCGAGCAACAAUGCGCUCGCACCUAGGGACUUACAAGACUUGGAGCCUAAUAUGGCGGGUGAAAUGUCAUUCAUCAGUAGUUCUUUUACACACUCAUCUCAGCCUGGUUUAGUGGGCAACUCGACGGGUCAGACAGUUACUGAGUCCAGCUUGCCUUUCAGCACGCCGAGCGCAAAGGGAUCGACUUUCAGUCCUGACAGACUGCUCUCCCUCUCGACUGUCGAUGCAGCUUCGGUUCGUAAAACGAUGGCGUCUAGUGCUCAAGCACAUUCAUCAGCUUUACCUGGCAGUCCUGUAAACUUUGGGAAUGUCAGUUUAACCGACCUGAACACCAGUUCCGCAGGCGCUGUACCAGCUGCCGCUCCAGUCAAAUUUACCGUUGAGAAGGCAUGUUUUUCAACGCCAACGUCGUCGUUGCUGGACUACUCGCGGCAUAAUCGUUCGUGUGGACACUUGUCCAUCCAACACGGAAACCACCGCGAUUAUGUUGUGCAGAACCACCUCGUUUGUCAAGACAGCGUGACGAAACUUGGUGUAAAGCAGCGUAGUUCGUCUAGCGCAAAAGCAGAACCUAAAGCGGGGGCCUCAAAGUCUGUCAAAUGCACCUCGCCGAAAGAUACUCAUCGCCCAGGUUGCGGCCACCUUCCCGUGCGCCACAAUGAUCACAUUGACUAUGUCGUUGAGGACAACUUAAUUUGCCAGCAGGCUAGCUGGCUUGAGGACGAUAAUCUGGAAUUGCUUGGUGACGACUUCUGGGACUUCUACGGUGCCAUUGACGCCUUUCCGACCAAUUAA